AUGGCCAGCUUUCAAAACUUGCUACCAGCUAAUGGAGCGUGGAAGCAAGAUGUUACUAGUUGGCUACAAGAAGAUGUUCCAAGUUUCGAUUUCGGUGGGUUUGUCGUGGGAUCAGAUGCAAAGAGUGCGACCUUGUGGAUGAAAGAAGUAGGUGUACUCAGCGGUGUUCCUUUUGCUCAAGAGGUUUUCGAUCAAUGCAAAUUAGAAGUAAAAUGGAACUACACAGAAGGCUCUGAGGUGAACCUUCAGAAUGGUGAGAAAAUCAGUAUCGCCAAAGUUCGUGGCGAGGCGCGAAACAUUUUGUUGGCAGAAAGGACUGCAUUGAAUUUGCUCAGCAGGUGUUCAGGGAUUGCUACAGCAUCGCGAAAUUUGAUUAAAGUUGCCCGCGAAGUAGGCUACAAAGGAAUUAUUGCUGGCACUCGCAAAACAACACCCGGGCUUCGCAGGCUGGAGAAAUAUUCCAUGCUUGUCGGAGGUUGCGACACUCACAGAUACGACCUAUCGUCGAUGGUAAUGCUCAAAGAUAAUCACAUUUGGUCUACUGGAUCCAUAACGCGGGCGGUUAAAGAUGCUCGCUCGGUGUGUGGCUUCGCAAUUAAAAUCGAAGUCGAGUGCCAGUCAGAAGAAGAAGCCGACGAAGCAAUUAUGGCUGGAGCAGACGUGAUUAUGCUGGACAACUUCUCUGGAGAAUCUUUGCAAACAGCUGCUCAGAGCCUCAAACAAAAGUGGAAGGGAGAAAAACAGUUUUUGUUGGAAUGCAGCGGAGGACUAAAGCUCAGCAAUAUCCGUGAGUACCUGUGUCAUGAUAUAGACAUCUACAGCACCAGCAGCAUCCAUCAAGGUACUGAUGUGAUUGAUUUUUCUUUGAAAAUAGACGUUGAUCAUUGA